AUGAGCCAUCUACACAACAAAUCAUUUAAGGAUACAGUGGUGAAGACUGAGCCCUUUCAUCCCUCGGAGGUUGAAGAUAUCCAAGCAAAGCUCGACAAGAAACUUGGCCCUGAAUAUGUUUCAACUAGACCAGGUGCUGGUGGUGUACAGGUGUCGUAUAUCGAAGGGUGGAAGGCUUUGAACUUGGCUAAUCAGGUGUUUGGUUUCAACGGAUGGUUCUCUGAAGUGAAGACGAUCAACGUUGAUUACCUCGAUGAACGUAAUGGCAGGUAUAACGUGGGGUUAUCCGUUGUUGUACGGGUUACUCUUAAGGAUGGUUCAUACCAUGAAGAUAUUGGAUAUGGAAGCCUGGAUAAUGCCCGUACGAAAGCCAUGGCUUUUGAAAAGGCCAAAAAGGAAGCGAUGACAGAUGGAUUGAAAAGAGCAUUGAGAUGUUUUGGCAACGCCAUGGGUAACUGUCUCUAUGAUAAGGAGUACCUGAGUAAAAUCUCUGGGGUGAAAUGUGCACCCCCAGAUUUUGACGAGUCUAACCUCUUUAGAUUUAACGAUAUGACAAGCCGAUCGGCGGCAGUUCCAAGAUCCCCCUCAAAACCUGAGAGGGCCAAUCAGGUACCAACUACAAGAGCUGGAACUAGUUCAACUACUACUAUUAGACCACCUCAGAGAUCAGUUCAGCCGGACAUUCCGAAGUCAGUGGUGCCAGAGAAAAGAUCCUCCGAACCAACAGGUCCAGUACAACCUGCCAAACGAGUAGAUAACGAUAACAUGUUUGAUGAUUCUUUGACCUUUAGCGAUGAUCUAAACCUGGAAUCAGAAGACUUCAACGAUGAGGUGAAUGAACUACUUGAUGCUAAACUUAAAACACCUGCUCUGGGGCAAGAAGGUGAGAAAGGAAGCCAACAAAAUCAACAACAGCUCAAUCUCUAUACUGAGCCAUCACAAGAGAAUGCAUUCACUAAUGAGACCCCAUCUAGACGACCAAAUGAAACAAAUAAGAAAGAAAACGGCUCCUUGCAACAGCCUCAAGAACCACAAGAACAACCAAGUCAGCAACAUGCACUAGUGAAUCCACCAGCUGAGGUUAGCUUUGUUAAAGCCAGGGUUGCAGAAGAAAUACAGAAGAGUUCCUCAGCUAUAACCAGCGAACAUGCAUUUAAUCCGCAAUUCAUCUCACCAUCAAUACGGAGAACUGUUGACCCCACAAAAUCCACACCUAUAAAGAGAUCAGAAGUGGCCCCUCCACUACAACACCGCAGUGCCCUACGGUACGAUAAUCCACAGUUGAUACCUAAUCGUCAAAUUGGUAAACCUCGGUAUCCACCACCAAAGAGACCGAUUAAUAAAGAACAAGAAAAAGAGGGUUCUGGUACAUCAUGA